CAGGAGAAAAACAACAAUCACAAGUGAAAAUCCGCAAGUCAUUAUUGUUUGAAGAUAUUGUGAAUUUUAGUGCGCUUUAUUGUCCUCUCGGCAAGAAACUCUGCGCAAAACAAUUCACAGAUAAUGGCUCUCGCGGCAUACAGACAUUUGCUGCGGGCGACGCGGAUAGCAUUCAACGGCGACACUCAGCUCCUACAUGCGGCACGAACACAGGCGCGAGCGGGAUUUGACAGUUUAAACUCCUUGGAUCCUCAGUCAGAAGAGGCGCAGAAAGGAAUACAGCAUGCAGAGGGUGUAGCUUCAAUACUCCGACAUAACCUUGUGCAAGGGCAGCGGGUGGAGGGUUCAGACUCAAUCAAAUUGAAUCUACACGAAGACAUCGAGCGAGGUGACAACGAUACGGUCAAGAAUCCGCUCGGCAAAGGAGGAAAAGUGAAGGUGGGAGGCCUCUGAAACGGACAAGCUUAAAGCUCUUUAUUCGACACUAUGAUACCCUCCCUGUGGUGGCUUCGACGGCCGGCCAAAUCAUUCCCAAGCGCCUUGCUCGAAAUGCACAACAUCAUCAUUCGUCCAUAGACUGCGGUUCAGUCACCCUCCAUACUGGCAUAAGUUACGUCUCCCUGCCCAGGCGGAGGUGCCACUAAGAAACCGGUACUCUCCUCCUCGGCGGGACCUUCGAUAGCUUGGACGCCUUCCCUUCCAGUAAUGGCUCGACCACCAGAUUCUGCCGCCUUCACAGCAGCUGCUGUUUGCCGACCCUCCCUCGCCCAUUCCAAUCUUUGCUCCCGGUCGGUGUUGUCUAGCGGCUUGGGUUUGCCCCAUUGGACACGCAAUGGACAUCCCUGAAUGAAGGCUUUCCCCUUGCACUGCGCAGCAGCAGCUUCGGCUCCUUCUCUGGUUGCAUAGUUGACAAAGGCACAAUGCGCUCGAUGUGAGCAGACGAGUGAUCGGAUUUGGCCGAAAGGGGCAAAGAACGUGCGAAUGGCGUGCUCCGGCAAGUCGUCCUCAACCCCAGUGACGAAUAGCGAUGUGAUGUUAGGGUCGGCGGGGGGCAGAUAGUCUUCUGGCUGGGGAGGUCGUGCAUUGCCUGGGACUGCUCGAGCAGCGCCGGGCCGAGCGCCUCGUUGUGCAUUUCCGGCCUUUCUAUUGUCAGAAGUUCGAAUGGGACCUGGUCCAUAUCCCGG